AUGGAGGAAAGCCAGCAGGUCGCAAGUGCGGCGGAUAUCCAGGAAGCCCUGACGCAGUGUGUCAAGCAGAGACAGUACUACUAUCAACAGAAGACGGCCCUCGCAAUCAGAUUCGAGGAAGACAACACGGGUGCAGAACAGGAUCUUCCACACUUUAAAAGCCUUGUUCGAGCACUAGACAUAGAUUCCGUCGACGAGUGCGUUCUAUCUGCCGAUGACAGAGCACCUGGGUGGACUGUUGCGGGCAAGAUCCGCGAACACCUUCUACAUGGACUACAGCAAUGUCUCUCCCCGCAAUUCGGUCGCUAUUUAGUGAUCAUCCAUUACUCCGGACAUGGGGCCUACGGGCCACAACAAGGACUAUGGUUUAAUGCCAAUCCUAAUUCAAAGCCGCACUUCACUUUCAACACACUUGCAGAUAACGUGUCGGUAACCUCUCAGAAAUCUGAUGUGUCUGUGGACGCCGUGUUUAUCAUAGACAGUUGCGAGGCAGGCUCAGCAGAAUUCAAUACUCCAGCAGAUGGUACCUUCGAACUGCUAGCGGCUGUCCCCGAGCAAAAAACGGCGUCUGGUACCUCGGGCGGGCAGAAACAACGAACCUUCACUGCCAAGUUGGCCAAUGCUGCAGCUAUUGCUAGAGGCAAAGCACGGUCGGUCGACUUCGCCGAGCUCCUCGAGUCAGCGUUCAGCCUUUCGUCCGCGAAAUUCCCCGUUCACAAGCUCCUGUCAGGUUCCGUGUCGAUACGAGUCAAGUUUGGACGUCAGGCACACGCCAGUUCAUCGCAGCCACCAGCCUCCCUCCCGCUGUCAAUGAAGGUACCUACCAAGGUCCUUUUCUCCUGUCACUUCUUAGAAGACCCUACCUCUGAAGCGAUGAAAAGGCUGCGUUCCUGGAUAGAGCUUCUUGACCCGGACAUCGGACUGGAAAUAAGGGAUGUACUCCAGACUGAGUCCACCAUAAUGAUACUCCUGGCGCCGUAUACGGUUUUCUGCUCAAUGCGAACCCUCCAAGGCGUCACGCUAAUCGCAGGGAGAGCGUCACAGACCCCAGCUACUAUCGAAGUCCCUGUCCUCACUUCGACCCCACAACCGGCAGAUUGA